AUGUCGAAUACAGUGACGCAUACAGACUCGAUCGAACAGGAGGAACACGAUGUUGAGCAAAAGCACAAGCACCAGAAGAAGCCGAAGUCCCGGAGGCCUCCAAACACUGCGUUCAGACAGCAGAGGCUGAAGGCAUGGCAGCCUAUCCUGACGCCGAAGACAGUGCUGCCCAUCUUCUUCCUCGUCGGGGUCAUCUUUGCGCCCAUCGGCGGUCUCUUACUUUGGGCGAGCGAAACCGUCCAGUCCAUCAAGAUCGACUACACGGAUUGUAAUACCACAGCCACCACAGAAUUUCAGCAGAUACCGUCCGACAAGGUCGAAACCUCAUUCUCAUCUUCCAACUCACCGGCACGGCCGCAAUGGAAGCGCGAAGUCGCCAACGUCAGGCCCCCAUAUAGCGUCCGCAACAUUUCCAACACUCCCGUUUGCACUCUCCAGUUCAGUAUCCCCAACGACAUCGGCCCACCCGUCUACCUCUAUUACGUUAUGACCAACUUCUAUCAGAAUCAUCGGCGGUAUGUCAGGAGUCUGGACACAUCUCAAUUGAGGGGCGAUGCUAUAAGUAAGAGCUCGAUCGACAGCAGUGCCUGCGAUCCUCUGAGAAGCCGCGAUGACAAGCCAAUCUAUCCCUGUGGUCUGAUUGCAAAUUCAAUGUUCAACGACACCAUCAACAGCCCUGUGUUCAACAAUGAAGCCAACGAGGAAGACCCAUCCGUGUUCGAAAUGACCAACAGGUCUAUUGCUUGGGACAGUGACGCUGAGCUCUACACCAAAACCGACUAUGCAAAUGGUGACGCGGUGCCACCUCCAUACUGGCUCGAAAGGUAUCCAAAUUACGACGAGGGCUACCCUGAUCUGUCCACCUACGAGGAGUUCCAGGUUUGGAUGCGGACGGCGGGUCUGCCAACCUUCAGCAAGCUCGCACUGCGCAACGACAACGAUGUCAUGAGAGCUGGCAUCUAUACCAUGCGUAUCUACGACUACUUCCCAGCACAUCUCUACGACGGCACAAAAUCCAUCCUUAUUUCGACCCGAACAGUAGUCGGUGGCAAGAAUUCGUUCCUAGGCAUCGCGUACGUCGUCAUUGGCGGUCUGUGUAUUGUCAUUGGCUUAGUAUUUACGGCCGCUCAUUUGAUCAAACCUCGACGAUUGGGUGACCAUACGUAUUUGUCGUGGAAUAAUAGCGACCUUCCGGCGACUGCCACGACAACAGGGCGUGAACCCCGACCCGGCGCUUCCUCAGGAGGUGCCUGA